CAAAAAUAAUUUAUGCGGCUUAUUCGUAAGAAUUACUAAGAUUAAGGGUACAAUUGAAAUUUCGAUUGAACCAACGGCGGAUGUGAAAUCAACAACAGCGACGACUGCAGCCGUGCCGAGCACUCAUCUCUUCUUCUCUCUCAGUCUCGCUCGCCAUCUCCGUGGAGAUCCUCGGACAUGGUCAUGAGAUCGUAAGAGAGAAUCUUCAAAAAAUUGAAAUUGGAAAUCGAUAAGCUAGGAGCUAAGGAGAAAUGUCGGGGAAACUUUGGAUCCCGAGAUUUAUUCUCAUCACUCUACUGUUUAUUAGCUCACGAGUUAACUCUCAAUGUGAAUUCAGUUUCACUGGACGCAACAAGGUCUUUCAUUUCAACCUAGCAUCUUCGAUUCGGAAUUAUCCUCACGGUGUGCUCAGCGAAGAUGGGUUUUAUAAAGUGGAAGCGAACAGUUCCGUGUUAUGGUUUCAGGUUGUCUUCUACAUCAGCUUUGUGACGUGCUGAUUUUCAAUCAUGAUCCCCCUCGAUGUGUUGGUUGCGAAGAUUGUGGAGGUCCAUCUCACUGCGGAACGUCAUGUAGUGCACUUGUGUCAGAAAAUGUAAGAGGGUAUGAUGUAUGCACUUCUCUAGGGCAUGCCUCAAGCACAAAAGUUGAUAUUAUUGAUAAAGAGGAUCCUGGCAAAGGCGUCAUUGUUCAGAUGUCAACUGGAAAUAGGAACCAAAAUUGCUCGCUUUCAGUUUCUGUUAUUUGCCAGAAAACUAAAGUUGAUGGACCACUCACUUUGGCGAAAUCUGGUACCUGUCAGUAUGCUACUCAGCUGCGACAUCCUGCCGGUUGUGCAGCAGCUAUAUCCGGCCAUAGUAGUGGAUGGGGCUGGUUUAGUACCUUACUAAUCAUUAUCUUGUGCCUGUUUGGAGCUUAUCUGGUGGGUGGUGCAGUAUAUCGGUAUUUCUCCCUUGGAAUUCGUGGCAUAGAUGUAAUCCCGAAUAUGGAUUACUGGGCCACUGUACCUCACAGUAUACAGAGCUGUUUUGGCUCACUAUUUUCAAGAUUCGGGGGGUCUAUUCGUGGUCAGCAAACCUCAUAUUCUCAGGUCAACUUCUGAGCAGUCUCAGCAUCUUCUCUGAUCCAUGGUCUGGAGACACAUCCCCAAACUUUCCUUGACUGGUUCAACCAAUUGCAAACGCCGCUAGAUUGUUAUACCCUGAGUACUCUUUUGGCCAUUAUAUGACUGCAAGUUAUAAGGUGCCUCUCCUUUUCAGCUUGUUAUGUCAUGGAUCCCUGUAGAAACAAAAGAAUCUUGUUCAUUGGAUAGAAACAAUGUCAAGCCAUUGCAAUCUGCAGCCUUUCCCAUUUCGUGUGUUUGCUCUUUGGAGAUUGUUUCAGUUUCUUGAUGCUGAUUUUGAGUAAUGGUAACCGAUGUGUUGAUGUUUUAGCACAUUUUGCAUCCGCUUGGCGUUGGAUAAGUGGAUAUCUCUUUUCUUUCAGUGAGUUUUCUGAUAGGCGAGUGAUCAAUGUUUAGGAUAGAGAUGUUGCAAUUGACCAAAAAUCCACGAACCAGAUUGUUCUUUUAGUGAUCUCGGUUAAAUUUGAGCCGAUUUAGAAACUGGUCUAGCUGAGCCAAACCGGUCAAACUGGCCGGUCCAGUCGUCAUAAUAUACAGUAGUUGCCAAUGAAGCUUCUUGAAAGCAUCUCUUUGUACAAUUUUGAGUAUUGUAGCAUCUAAAGAAACAUUGGCUUAGUGUUUUGUUUUGUUGGACGAAGAGUGUGUACAAAGAGGAAAAGUGAGAGCCAACAACUUGAGCUUGAAAGCCCAACAAUUUCUCAACUAAUUCCACUAUUCAUUUCAUCUUGAACUCUCUC